AUGUCCGAUGAUUCAUUUCUUUAUUCAUUCGCAAAACCAACUGAAGUGAAACGUAUGACUAUAAGAGAACGAGCCGUUUUAACGGAUAUUCUAUACGGAAUACCGGAUAAAAAUUUACCGACAUUAUUUGCUCCAUCAAAUGAUUAUCCAAUUGGAAAUCGUUUUAAUCUAAAUGCAUUAAAUGAAAUACUUGAAGUAUUUGAAUGUAAAAGAUUAAUUCGUGGUUGUGGACAUCGUGAAUCAAAUGAUCUGUCAUUUGAUUUUGAUGACUGGAAAUGCAUCAGUAUUGCUUCAGGUUGUAGUGUCAAACAUAAAAAAAUAUGGAAGUGA